AUGUUUGGUUCGCAAGUAGGGGGCGUAAAUGACUUGGCAGGGGAGUAUCCAACACUUGAUGUGAGCACUCCAAGAUCCUCGGGAGGUUCUUUCGCCACAACAUCUUCUUCAUCAUCCAAUGUUUCGAAUAUUGUUGAUAUUUUCAAUUCGAAAGAAAAAUUAAUAGUUAUUGUUGAUUCCAUUGACAAUUAUAAAAAUUCAGAAAUCUACGGAUCAUCAACAGUUGCUUCUUCUAAUAAUUCAACAAAUGAUCAAGCAGGUGUUUAUGUUCGAGUCAAUUUUGACAAUCAAGUUAGAAUAACAGGUGUUAAAACAUUUUACAGUAAUACAAAUCCUUGGAAUAUUAAAUUAGGUAAAAGAGUUAUUAUUCCGUAUGGAAUUAGUGCUUUACAAAGUGGAAAGUUAUCAAUUGAAGUAUUCGAAACACAGACAGGUGAAGCCAAAGUACAAAUAGAUAAAAGAUUGGGAAAGACUGAACCAAUCAAAAUUAAUGUAUUCGAUAUGAAUCAUCCAGUUGAAUUUUCACUCAAUUUAAGUGAUGAUGUUCAAGUACAAUUUAGAUUUAUGAGAGCUCCACUUGCCAAUAAGGGACAUUAUAAAGCAAUGGAAAGAAGUAUCUAUUCACUUCUUUUGAAAAUGAAGCAAUAUGGUGAAAAUGCACUUUCUAGAAUUAAUAAUCCAGAAGAAGAUGAUGAUGAUUACGAUCCAGAGAAGGAAGAGGAAGAAAUCUCAACAAGACAACCAAAAAUACUCAAAUCUGGAUUCAUGUUAAAAAGAGGACAGGGUAAUUUUGCCAAGUGGGCUCGUCGUUAUAUUGAAUUGGAUGAUACACUCUUAUUGAAAUAUUAUGCAUCUGAUUCAGAGGAAGAUAGGAAAGAACCUCUAGGUAUUGUUGUUAUUGACAGUGAUGCAAUGGUUUAUGUGCCACGAGAUGAAGCCAUGGAAAAGGAAUUACAAAAACAAAAGAAUAUUGAAAAAUCAAAGGAAUUUGUCUAUUACAAUCAGGCUCUAUUGGAUGAAGAUGAUGCACAGAACAGUUUUGAGAGUAUUGACGAUUUGGAAGCUGACGAACAACAAACCAUCAACAUUAUUAGAAGAAAACGUAGAGAAUUGGAAAGAAGAGGUCCAAUGCUUGAUUUGGAUGAAUUAUAUCCUUAUUAUUUACUUGCUUCUAGUGAAAGUGAAAGAGAUAGAACACUCAUCAUUGAUGAAAUCAUUGAAUCAAUUGAAAAGGAAGAGUCUGGUGAAUCAGUCACUAUUAAAUCUCACACAAAGGAAGAGAGAAAAUUGGAAAAAUUCUUAAAUUUGGUAAAUCCAAAAGGUUUCAAGUUUUCCCUUCAAUGUCAAACUAGUUUCAGUAACGGAAAGGAACAUAAUUUGAGAGAGCAUCAAUUCAUUACUGAUUCUGAAGAAGCUAGAAAGGAAUGGAUAACUGCUAUCUGUGAACACAUCUUACUCGAAGAAAAGAGAACUGAUUUGAGAGAUCCUGAAGAAGAAAUUCACUCCAAGAUUUUCCCAUAUCUGGACUUUUUCGAAUUAUUAACAACUGAAACACCACUUCAAGAAGUUGUCAGAUGUUUCAAUUCCUUCCAACUCAAUGUUUCUGAAAAGAUGGUUGCUCCUCUGUUAACACUCUUUGAUGCCUCUGAUUCACCAAAGACAAGUGUGGAAUUUGUCAAAAGUGCCAUCUCUGUCGAAGUUGACAGUGCAGAAUCUGCUGGUACCCUUUUCAGAAGAAACAGUUUAUCAUCCAAAUUGGUAACCUUAUUCUUUAAAGUUUUUGGUUUGCGUUAUCUCACCAAAACUAUUAAACCAUUCCUCAUGAAACUCAUCAAGGAAAAUAAGAGUUAUGAAAUUGAUGACGAAAAGGUUGCAUCAGAUAUUGCUGAUAAGAAUGCUGAAUUAUUGAAGGGAAUUUGUGAUGAAGUGUUAAAUUUGAUUAUCAAUUCAAAGUAUGAAUGUCCACCUCAAAUCAGAGAAGUCCUAGCUCAUACUUUUGAAGAAUCUGAGCAAAAGUAUGCAGCAAGUGGUGAAUUGUGUGUUGGUGGUUUGCUGUUUUUGAGAUUCUUCUGUCCUGCCCUUGUUACUCCACAACUUUUUGGUUUAAUUAAGGAUUCACCACCAAAGAAUGUUCAACGUACAUUAACAUUAUUGACAAAGAUUCUCCAAAAUAUUGCCAAUCAAAUUAGAACUAGUGAAAGUAAGAAGGAAAAAUUCAUGAAGAGAGUUGAGGCCUAUACUGGUGCUCAAAUUGACAGUGUGAAGGAUUUCUUGAGAAGUAUGUCAGAAGAACCAAAGAAAUAUGUCAGAGAAACUAAGGAAAUAGUUCCUGAUCUCAUCAAAUUACAAAGUUUGGAAUUUAUUGCUCACCACUUUGGUGAAGCAUUUACCAAAAAGUAUUACAAUUUCGAAAAUGAUAUCAUUACUGAGGCCACAUUCCACAAGUUUGCCAAUCGUUUGGCACUCAUCUCUAAAGCAGGUCUCGAUAAGAAAAUCAAACAACUUUCACAAGAUGAUCCAAAUGCCCUGGUGAGACCUUCAACUAAAUCCACUUCAUCCAAUACUACUGGCGGUAGUGCUGGGAGUAGCAGGCCCAAUCUCAGUAUUUCAACUCAAAAUCCAUCGCCUUCUAAGACGAUAAACUCACCCACUACCAAAUCUCACUCUCCACACACUGUUUCCUCACCAAAACCAAAAUGUGCCUCUCCUUCCACUUCUCCACUCACAACAACUGAUAAACAACAACCAACCACUCCUCGAGGAAUUACUUAUAAGAAUCGUUCACCAUCUGUCUCUGUAAACGAUGUAGGACGUCUCACAAAGAAUGUGAAAAAGAUUGGUGGAACUGAAUGGGACAGAAAAAGAGAAAGGAGAGCUGGAAUCAUAGUCAACCCAACCACAUCAACUGCAUCUUCAUCAACUGAUACAACUGCUACUACUAGUGCAACAACUUCCAAUACUUCCGACUCCACAACAACCUCAACAACAGAUUCUUCUGCAUUAUCAAAGAGAGGUUCCAUGAGAAUUUUCAAACGUGUUGGAAACUCAAAUUCCUCUCUCUAUGAUUAAAUUUGGAAAACUCAUUCCACAAAAUAAAUAAUGUUAAAUAAGAAUCCAUCC